AUGCAACAACUUGACUUGACAAAAUGGUCUGCAAUGCCAUCAUUCAAGGGAACAAAUGGCCCCAGUGGGUCUUUUCACGCCGAGGCAGACGAACACCAUAGACUAGACUAUGUCCUCUCGCUGCUGUAUCCUUCCACUGUCCGUGUGCAACACUCACAUCCCAUCUUCGGUCACAUUCACUCGCUGCGGCUUUUGAUGCUGUCAAAUGGAGCUCAUUUGUUGCUUAAAGGAUCCCCAUCAUCACGGACCGCUCUCCUUCGACGCGAGCGGUCAUUUCUCGAAACCGAAGCCCAGUUUCUUGCUCUUCUAGGGCAGACUGCAAACCCUUGUAUCCCCCAGCUCUAUCAUUACGACCCUCAUGGAAGUCACUGGGGAUCUGCCUACUUGAUUCGCCAGUAUAUGAAAGGGAAAAGCCUGUCAGAGAUGGAUGGCGAACUCACCUCGGAGCAACGAGACGGUAUCGACCGCCAUUUGGGCUUCUUAGUGAGCACCAUCGGCCAAAAUGCUGCCCCUGGGUUCGGGUCUUUGCAGCAAGUGGCAUUUGGUGCUGGGAGACCCUCCUGGCGAGAGGCCUUUUGUGCCCUGUUUGAAGGUGUUCUUCGCGACGCUGAGGAUAUGUUCAUUCACCUUCCUUACUCGGAGAUCCGACACGAGCUGAGUCGCCUGGCACCUGCUCUCGAAGAUGUAUCGCUACCACGUCUGGUGGUCGUGGAUUUUGGUCGAUCUUCCCACGUUUUGGUGAAUGAGGAGUCCGGGCAGUUGUCUGGCAUUGUGGACUUCAGCAGUGCCCUGUGGGGUGAUGUGUUAAUGGCGGAGAUAUUCGCGAAUGCAUCCCCGGCAGUCUUGCAGGGAGCAGGAAUGGCGACGUCCAGGACAAAGAAGGAAAAUAUCCGCUUGGUUUUGUAUGCGUGCUACCGCCUGGUAUCCCAAAUCACUGUGCAAUAUUAUCGAAAUCGGGACGAGACGAGCGAGUUUGCUGCGCGGAGACGAUUGACAACCACCAUUGCAGAAAUGACGAGGCUGAAAGUGGAAUAG